AAAGUGAAAUUCAUUGUUUUUUCGGCACUGUACCACACCCUCAGUUGCCACCCUUCUUUCGCUCCCUUUCCGCACCCGCUUCCUGACCGAAACGUCAAACACCCUGUGCUGUUCUCUAGGAAGGGUUGAGAAACAUUCAGUCAAACAAAAGAAGCAAAACUCUCCUGAUGGUGGUGGUGGUGGAAGAAGAAAAUUUUCGUUUCUGAACAACUUAACUAGCUCGAUUCUGGUCCAGUAAUUAGCUUUUAGGAGGGCGGAUUACGGGGGACCACCACCAGCCCAAUCUGUGUUGCGUAUGCGUGUGCAGCGUCCGUGCGAGGAGCAAGCCAAAAAUUCUUACCGUGCACUGGUUGCUACGAUCCCCUUCCGGUAGAUGUGUUUGCUCACUGCAGGGAGGUGGUAGAAAGAAAGCUGGGGCUGAGGUAUUCGUGAACUAGUCAGCAACGACGACGCAACCCCGAAACGUAGAAGAAGCAGAAGAGCGAUACACCCAACAUUCCAACGGUGAUUCCUUGGUGCUAUAGCUCUGGCUUGGACGGUACUUCCGGAGCCUGGCGUGGUACCACCAAAUUAAAGGGCACAAUCUGCCUUCCACCCACCCACUUAACGCCCCGCCGUGGAUAGGCUACAUUGGAUUUGUCAUCGAUACCUUGGUCGGGCGUGUGAAUUGUUGAAGCGUUUUGCGAUGGAACUGCAGCUGCAACGGAAACAGGGCACAGCAGUACCCGCUGGUGGUACACAGCGUGACGGUGCAUCGGGAUCGGGCAGUGGGAGUGGCGCCUCCGGUGGUGGUGCAAUCAGCAAGAACGACAGCUACGACAGCUCGCACAGCAGCAGCAACACGGAGGACACCACCGAAACAGAUGAUCGACGCAGGAAGAUGAUGAAGAACCGUGCCAGAAACAAUAGACUCAUGCAGCAACAACAGCAGCAGCAGCAGCAGCAGCAGCAAAACACAACGGACAGUGCGAAAGUUGCUGCAGGAAAGAAGCUGCCCGAAAACGAACGCAUCACACUGAUUGUGGACAACACGACGUUUUCGGUGAACGUGUCCAUGCUAACGGCCCAACCCGAAACCAUGCUCGGACGGAUGUUUAGCACAGGAUUUGAGUUUACCCAUCCGAACGAACGGGGCGAGUACGAGGUGGCCGAAGGUAUCUCGCGCACCGUAUUCCGGGCCAUUCUCGAGUACUAUCUGUCCGGGGUGGUCCGCUGUCCGCCCACCGUGUCCGUGCAGGAGCUGCGGGAAGCGUGCGACUAUCUGCUGAUCCCGUUCAACGCCAACACGAUCCACUGCCAGAAUCUGCGCGGUCUGCUGCAUGAACUGUCCAACGAGGGUGCAAGCAUUCAGUUCGAAGCGUUCCUGGAACAGCUUAUCCUGCCGCUGAUGGUGGACGCCGCACGGCAAGGCCACCGCGAAUGUCACAUUGUGGUCCUUUCGGAGGAUGACAUUAUCGAUUGGGACGCCGAGUACCCACCGCAGAUGGGCGAGGAAGACUGCCAAACGGUCGCCAACACGGCCAUGUAUCGGUUCUUUAAGUACAUCGAAAACCGGGACGUCGCGAAACAGGUGCUGAAAGAUCGGGGGCUCAAGAAGAUCCGGCUCGGCAUCGAGGGCUACCCGACGUACAAGGAAAAGAUCAAGCGUCGCCCGAGCGGCCGGAUGGAGGUGAUCUACAACUACCUGCAGCGGCCCUUCAUCCACAUGUCGUGGGAGAAGGAGGAGGCCAAGAGCCGUCACGUAGACUUCCAGUGCGUCAAGUCCAAGUCGGUCACCAAUCUGGCGGAAGCGACGGCCGAUCCAGCGCUGGAGCUUGAUUCGGCCGGGAAUCCGCUUCCUCAGCGGCACUUUGAAAUAUCGCACGAACCAGACGCGGAACCAUUUAUGCGACCGGACGCACUGCUCGACGGCGAGGAAGGUGCCAUCGGUGGGCUACCGAACGGUGACGACAUCGGUCUGCUCGGUCCGGAGGAACCACAGUAGUCAGCUUCGAUCACGGCUUCACACGGAAGUAAUAUAGGGGAAGGGACAAAACAGACAAGGAACAGCUUUUCACGCGAUAACUUCUCCUGAAAUCGAUUCCACGCCGGAAUCGGUCCGUUUUGUGCUUGUGUGUGUGUGUGUGUGGUUAUUACCCAGUCUUGUCCGCGUGGUUGUUCAUUGUUCAUUGUUCUGUUCCGGUUGGGUGCUUUUGGGCAACAGAUACACCAGUGGGCCCUCGUCAUUGCAAAAUAUGAUUUUAACGAAGUUUCUUUACACUAUUCUACACUGGAACCUGUUUCUCCUCUUGAUGUGUGAUCAUCCCUACUGUUACUCAUAUUUCUCCGAUUGGCGCUUUAUAGAGGGAAUGUGUUAAUGUACCGAACAACUCACACAAUAUCUCUCCUGUUUUUUUUGUUUUUAAACGCGUUUUUGAUUUCGUUACCGAUUAGCUAUUUACGACUCGCUCCUCUUUCUUAUUUAUACGACUUAUUUACGGCGUCCCUUUUCACCACGUACUAAUGGCGACUACUCAUGCGAAACUGUAUCUGUAAUAUCGUUAUGGACGGUUAUGUUAAUAUAUAUAUGUGUAUACUUUAUGCGCUUAAUCACUACCAAAACAAAUGAAAAUCCCAUUCCCCUCCCAUCGCUCCCCCUAUCCCCCCUCAUACCCUUCUACAUCCGGUUUUAAACGUGUGUGUACACGUUUGUCGCGAUCGUUUAUCCUAGUUUGAAAUGCGUACAUACAUACAUUACUAUACAGAUUUACUCUUUUUUAUACCAAGCGAGAAUAAACAGGAUAUGAAGCCUUUA